UCAACCACCUGUGUCUGCUCAAGUUGUGGGAAAUGCAUUUGUGCAGCAGUAUUAUCAUAUACUUCACCAUUCACCAGGGCUGGUAUUUAGGUUUUAUCAGGAUAUUAGCAAGCUUGGUCGCCCUGAAGAUGAUGGCUCCAUGAGCAUUACGUCCACAAUGCAAGCUAUCAAUGAUAAGAUACUGUCACUUAACUAUGCGGACUUCAGAGCAGAGAUUAAGUCUGUGGAUUCCCAAGAGUCCUUCAAUGGGGGAGUGCAUGUCCUUGUUACUGGAUAUUUGACUGGGAAAGACAACUUGAUCCGAAAUUUCUCUCAAACUUUCUUCCUGGCUCCGCAAGACCGAGGGUACUUUGUUUUGAAUGAUAUGUUUCGAUAUGUGGAGAUUGCCAAUCAACAAGAUGCUGUACAAGUUCCAGAAACUGAUGUGUUGGCUCCUGUUACUCCAGAGCAAAUUGUUGUAGAUCCCUCUCCAGCUCAGGAGAAUCACAUUUCUGAUCAGAGCACACCAUCUGCUGAGGAAGCUAAUGGGGGAGAAGUUUACAAUCCUCCCCAGAAUGAUAAUGUGCCUGAUAUGGUAGAGGAAGUGCCAGUGGCUGAGGUUGUUGAUGAAGUGCAAGGUGACUCGACAAUGGUAGCUGAAACUAACAUCAUAAUUGAAGAAGUUCCAAAGAAGUCUUAUGCUUCAAUUGUCAUGCAUCUAAAGGAAAGUGCUGCAACUUUCUCCCCUCCUCCAGCGCCUGCUCCUAGGAAGAUCGUACCUAAGAAUGUUGAGCAUGUUAGACAACUUCUUGCACCAGCACCAGCUGAUAGCCCUGCUUUAAGCUCUGACUUUGUUGAUAAUGUGAACAACCAAGAGGGAGAAGCUGAUGGUCACUCCAUCUACAUCAAAGGUCUACCUAUGAGUGCCACCACCGCCAUGCUAGAAGACGAGUUCAAGAAGUUUGGACCUAUAAAGAAUGGAGGCAUUCAAGUCCGAAGUAACAGACAACAGGGAUUUUGUUUUGGCUUUGUGGAAUUUGAGGUGGAAACUGCUGUGCAAAAAGCAAUUGAGGCUUCUCCAAUUUUAAUUGGUGGACGCCAAGCUGCCGUUGAAGAGAAGAAGUCCACCAGUUCUCGAGGUAACACUAGGGGUAGAUAUCCAUCUGGAAGGGGUAAUGGAGUCAGAAAUGAUGGAGUACGUGGGCGAGGUAACUAUGGAGGCAGUGGGAGGGGCUAUAAUCGUGGUGAUUUCAAUGGAAGAAGCGAGUUCAACAACAGAGGUGGCAAUCGCGGAGGGUCAUCCAAUCGUGGAGGUGGUGAUGGCUUUCAGCGAAGUGACAACAUGGGAGGCAACAACUGGCGAAUGAAUCGUGGUGGUGGUAUGGCAAAUGGAACUGCCAAGAAUAUGACACCACGGAUUUCUGCUACAGCUUGAGAAGCUGUUUUUGGCAAAUAAGUGAAGCUAAUUUAGUAAUUCUUUUUUGAUUUGAAAUGGUUGGAUGUCCGCAGGUAGAGAGUUUUGUCUUGAGCUGUUUUUCAUAAGAGCUCUUACUGCAUACUUGUUCAUUUAUCCUUUCCCUAAUUUUUGCCGUUAAUUGGUGUAGAGGUUGGAUAGAAAUUGAGUUUUAAGUAGCUUCUGUUCUGUAGCAUAUUGUUAUCUUAUCCCCUAGGAAGAGAUUGAUUAUCCACUCAUUUUGUAAGCCACGUUGUAUUUGUUAAAUUAUUUUUGGUCUCUUGCUGACCCCCCUUUA